UCCUUUUGAGCAAAGGUGUGUUUGAUAAUUAUUUACUUGUACAUAAUGGAAGCAUACGAUGUUAUCGUUAAUCAACCGGUGGUAAUUGAUAACGGCACAGGCGUUAUUAAGGCUGGUUUUGCUGGUGAUCAGAUACCCAAAUGCAGAUUUCCCAAUUAUGUUGGCCGGCCAAAACAUAUUCGGGUUAUGGCAGGAGCCCUGGAAGGAGAUAUUUUUAUAGGACCCAAGGCAGAAGAGCACAGGGGCUUACUGUCUAUUAAAUAUCCCAUGGAACAUGGGAUAGUCACUAAUUGGAACGAUAUGGAGAAAAUUUGGACGUACAUUUACAGUAAAGAUCAACUCAACACAUUCGCAGAGGAACAUCCUGUAUUGCUGACUGAAGCACCGUUAAACCCAAGGCCGAAUAGGGAAAAAGCUGCAGAAAUUAUGUUUGAAACUUUCAAUGUGCCUGCCUUGUUUAUUUCCAUGCAAGCUGUACUUAGCUUAUAUUCAACUGGAAGAACUACAGGGGUAGUUUUAGAUUCAGGAGAUGGAGUUACACAUUCUGUGCCUAUUUAUGAAGGAUUUGCUUUACCUCAUAGUAUAAUGCGUGCUGAUAUUGCAGGUAGAGACGUGUCGAGAUACUUACGAUUGCUUUUGCGGAAAGAAGGAAUAAUUUUCCGGACAACUGCAGAAUUCGAAUCUGUAAGAACUUUAAAAGAAAAAGCAUGUUAUUUAUCAAACAAUCCAGUGAAAGAAGAAUCUGGAGAAUCAGAAUCAAUAAACUAUACGCUACCAGAUGGUAGCGUGAUAAAAGUUGGACAUUCUAGGUUUAGGGCACCCGAAAUCUUAUUUAAACCCGAUUUGAUAGGGGAAGAGUGUGAAGGACUGCAUGAAGUGCUUGUUUAUUCAAUUGAAAAAUCUGAUCUUGAUUUGAGAAAAGUACUUUUUAAAAAUAUUGUUUUAUCGGGUGGUUCCACCCUUUUCAAAGGAUUUGGUGACAGAUUGCUUUCAGAAAUCAAGAGAUUAUCACCGAAGGAAACGCAAAUCAAAAUAUCAGCGCCUCAAGAGAGGUUGUACUCUACAUGGAUAGGAGGAUCAAUUUUGGCCUCGUUAGAUACCUUCAAGAAAAUGUGGAUUUCCAAAAGGGAGUUUGAUGAAGAAGGACAACGUGCUAUACAUAGAAAAACAUUUUAGAUUAUUAUUUUAAAGUUAAUUUAUUUUUAUAUUUCCUUCCAUUUAAGUACUAAAAUACCUAUUAUAGCAACCUAAUCCAGAAGUUCACAAUCCGUGCAGCUUUUUCAGGUUGCAUUUUUGCGGAUAUCUCUCAAAAUGUGAUCACAUGUAAGUAUAGUUUGCAUAAACGUUUUUUAUAUUACAUAAUUUGUUUUUGCUUUAUAUGGAGAAAGUACACUGUAUAUAAUUAUGGAACAGAAAUAUUUAUCUUUUUUUUACUUAUACGGUGUAUUCAAGAUUAACUAAUCUUUUCGAAUAAUAAGGUUCUGACAAACAGAAAAUUAAUGUUUUUCUAUAAAUGCCCCAAUGUUUCAGUUUAUGAAUAUUUUGAAUUUGUUUGUAUAUUGGGAAAUAUUUUCCUGCUUUUAAAUUCAAAAUCCAGGAUUUCACUCUCGGUUUUAUUGAUUGUUCAUGGUUGUAUCAACAAUUUGUUGCAGAUCUUGUUUUUAACCGAAGGUUCAUCUGAUACGGCUUAUCUUGAUAUAUUGACACAUUGUAUAUAUCAAUAUAAUUGUAACAGUAAUAAACAAUAAAUAAAAUUACUGUUUCUAAUUCAUGUGCUGUGCUUUCUAAAUUAUAAAUAUUGUAAGGUAGGACCUUCAGGGAAAAUGAGUCAUUUAUAUUGAUUUGACUAUUUAUAAAAUUGUUCAGGGUGUUUCAAACGGGAAAUCGUUUAAAUAAAAUAAUUAAUGAUACUGAGUUAUUAAAGGGCUUAUUCUACAAAAGCUACUCAAAUUUUCGGUUCAUCCGCUUUGUCAGCCAUUACCAUAACUUGAACGUUAAAAGCAAUAAGAUCUUUUGAAACAUCCUGCAUAUAUUUAUUUAAAAUCAUUGUGCUAAAAACCGUUCUGUUACUAAUUACGCUAAACGUACUUAUAGUAGUCUGCAAACGAAAAAAAUGUAAAACUGUAUUCAGCCUCUCUGAAUAUUAAAUGCAACUUACGGUUAUUCGUACACUAAUAAUAAUCUAUCGGCUUUUAAAAUACCUAAAACUUUUUCUAAUAAAAUGUUGUUUUACUUA